AUGUCUAAAAAGUAUACAAUUGAGAUACAUUAUGAUGAAAAAUUUAAUAAGGACCACUAUUAUUAUAUUGGGGGGAAAGUUGAUGAAUUUGAUAAUUGUGAUCCUGAUUGCAUGUCAUAUUUUGAAAUUGAAGAUAUGUUGACACUACUGAACUUAGAUCCCAAAAGUGAAGUUUAUUAUAGAGACCUUAGUAAUGGAAAUCCUGUGUUCAUAGUCUCUGAUAAUGCUGCAACUGAGAGUGAGGAUAACAAUGGUCAUAUUGAAGCUUUAUGGGGUCAAGUAGAAGACUUAGAUGGAGAUUCUGUAUAUGCACCAAGUGAUGAGUUGUGGAGUGUUCAUAGCUCAUCAGAUGAGGAAGUUGAUAGCAACAUUAGGGUUACUAAAUAUGUUGUUAAGAGGGAUUUGGGCAUUAAACCCUUAGAAAUUGGGAUGAAGUUUGCAUGUGCAGAUGAUUUUAGGGUAGCAUUGAGGGACCAUGCUAUAAAACACAAGUAUGAUUUCAGGCUUCAGAAAAAUGAGAAAAAUAGGAUUACUGCUGUGUGCAUUAGUAAAUGUGGUUGGAGGAUUCAUGCCUCAAAGAAUAGCAGUGAUAAUACCUUUCAAAUCAAGACAUAUAGAAGUACACACCACUGUAUUCCACCUGAAACAAAUAGACAAGUAACAUCUAGGUACAUAGCCAAGCACUACAUAAACCAAUUCAGAGUGGACCCAACUUGGAAGAAUUGUGGUUUAAGUGGCUUGAUUGAAAAGGAUUUUGAGACACAAGUUUCUAGAUUCAAGGUAAGCAGAGCUAAGGCAAAAGCCUUGGAAAUGAUUAAAGGUAAUUUUAAAGAGCAGUUUAUAAAAAUCAGAGAGUACUGUGAGCUUGUUAUGCAGACAAGUCCUGGUAAUGUAUGCAAAGUGAAAACUGAAAUUGACAGAGUAAAGAAAGGAGGACAGUUGUUAAGUGCUGUUGGUAGGGACCCAAAUGAUAGUUAUUACCCAAUUAUUUUUGCAGUGGUGGAGGUUGAGUCAAAAGCCACUUGGCAGUGGUUUAUUAAUGAGUUGAUGGCAAUCAUUGGUCCCCCUUAUCAGUUAACUUUUAUCUCUGACAGACAAAAGGGAUUGGUUGAUGUGUUAGACAGGUUGUGUGAGAAUACUAACCAUAGGUUUUGUGCUAGACACAUGUAUGAAAAUUUUAGGAAGAAAUUUCCAUAUCUCAAAUUGAAAACUGAAUUCUUGAAUGCUUCUAAUGCAUUUACACUUGAGGUGUUCAAGAAUUACAUGACAAACAUUAAGAAGAUGAACAACAAUGCUUUUGAGUGGCUGAACAGAAUCCCUCACCAUUUAUGGUCCAAGUGUGGCUUUACAGUGGACUCAAAGUGCGAUUUAAAUAGCAAUAACAUGUGUGAGUCUUGGAAUAGGCAGAUUCUAGAGGAUGAAGUGGAUAAAUUGAGGCUAGAUUCUAGAAAAUGUCAUGUGCAACCUACAGGACCACAAUUAUAUGAGGUUGACAGUAAUGGGGAGAAUGAUGCAGUUGAUAUGACAAACAGAAAAUGCAAUUUUAGGGUUUGGGAGGUCACUGGUAUACCUUGCAUACAUGUAGCAGCUGUUAUCAAUUCUAGGAGAGGCAAUAUUGAAGACUAUGUGAGUCAUUACUACCAAAGGGAGACACACCUUAACAUAUAUGCCCAUAUUGUGAAGCCACUUUGUUUGAGAAAAAUUCUGAACAUUGAAGGAUAUCCUCCAAUACUCCCACCAUUGAGAGAAAAACCAAAAAUGGGAAGGCCAACAAAGCAAAGAAUAAAGAGUGCUGAAGAACUGAGAGAUAUCAAAGCUAAAAAGGCUGCUUCUGGGAAAUUGAACUUUCAAGUGAGGCGUGGAAAGUGUAAGAUGGAAGGGCACAAUGUCAGAAGCUGCAAGAAUGAUGUAGCACCUUCUAAACCACCAAGAAGCAAAGGUGGAAGGCUUCUUUUGAAAAGGACUGGGUUGUUUGUGGGAGAAAGUAGCAGUGGGGGAGGUGCAAGAUCAGUUAGAGCUAAAGGACAUGCAACUGUGCAACAAGAGGUUACUUAUGUGUCCCAAUCUGAAACACUUGGAAUUGACCCUACACUUGCUACCCAGGAAUCUAUGGACAAUGGACAGUGGUUGAACUGA